CUGUAGUCACAUAUACUAUAAUGGAAAAUUGUUUGCGGUGGCUUUAAGUUGGCGGUGAGCAAACAUUUCUGCAUUUACACAGUAUAUAGUAUACGAGCUAAAAAUCGAGAAGACAACAGCAUGUCCAGGACAAAAGAUACACAAAACAGAAGUUCUCCUGCAGUACCAAGAUAGGCCACCUGGAGACCCGAAACAAAAACGGAGCCAAAAUCAUGCCUUUAAUUUUUUUUUUCAUGGAGGUAGCAAUACAAAGACAUGAUAGAGGACUAAAGAGACAAGCUGAUGGUUAAAAACUUUUAUGCAGUAUUUUUACAGGCAGUAAAUUUUGCAUGUAAAACCAAGAGCCUGCCUUGGUCUUAGGGUCUUGCCCAAAUAUGGAAGUGCCUCCCCUAUAUUUACGGCUGUGGUCCAAAUAUGGUGCUGGCUGCACAGAGGCACUGUGGGGAGUUUUCUGUACAGUAAAUUGCAAAUUAUCAUGCACAGCCACCAUUUUUACGGAGACUGCAGCCGUAACAAAGCUCAAAGAUUCAGGUUACCAUCCACAUUUCAAUUUAAGGUAUAGAGAUAGAAGAGAAAGAAGAAGCCAUGGCUGAAGCCAUGGCUACCAAGCUUGAAGUUGGUGCUAUCUUCCACUCCUACGAUGAAGUAGACUUCGCUAUCCACGACUACCAAAUGAGGAACUUUGUACAACUAUAUAUAAGGGACUCCCGUACAAUCAGUAACGGCACACGGCGUGCUCGAAUAAAGAACUUCAACCAGAGGCUCAAGUAUUCUGAGAUCACCUUCGCCUGCGUCCAUGGAGGGCGCAAGUAUAAGUCCCAAUCAAGUGGUGUCAGGCCAAAUCAAAAGACAUUCCUGAUGGACUGUCCCGUGAGUCUGAAGAUGAGAGUUUCCCCUGAUGGCCAGUCUCUGUUUGUCAAGUCCUUUCAGGAGCAGCACAACCACAGUAUAAGCCAGGUUUGUAUGUGUAAUUGUGAAGUCAAGGGGUGGGAGGCGUGACAACACUAUGGACCACCCAUGUGUUGUGCUAAAUUCAGGAAGUAAUUUACAUAAAAUGUGGACAUCUCGCUACAAACUACUGGGAUAAAAAACUUUCCUUGUGAAAUAUGGCAAAUCAAAUCAUCUUUCCUACACAUUAGUCCAAAUGGUUCAACACUC